AACGUUCACAAGUCACAAUAUCAAAGCAUCAACCACUUGUCUAUUGACAUCUUUCAUAAAGUCAUCACAUUUAGACAAUAAUCACCAUGGAAGAAGAGAAACACCAUCACCAUCUGUUCCACCACAAGAAGGAGGAGGAAGAGGGUGGUCCAGUUGAUUAUGAAAAAGAAAUCAAGCACCACAGUCAUCUCAAGAAAGCCGGUGAAUUUGGUGCUGUUGCUGCUGGUGCUUUCGCCUUGCAUGAGAAGCACAAGUCAAAGAAAGACCCAGAGAAUGCACACAAGCACAAGAUAGAAGAAGAAAUAGCAGCAGUUGCUGCAGUUGGGGCUGCUGGAUUUGCAUUCCAUGAACACCAUGAGAAAAAGGAUGCCAAGAAAGAGCAAAAAGAAGUUGAGGGCGGACAUCACCACCACCACCACCACCACUAAUAUUUUUCUAUUUUUGUUUAAUUUCUAGCAGCUAUGAACUGCCUAAAAUAAAUACUGUAAAAGAUAUGUGUUUCGUGUCCAGUUUUAAUUCUCUCUAGUGUGGAUUGAUUUGGUGUUUCCAUGUUAUUCUCGCCUUGUAAUACUUUGUGUAUCGAUUAAUUUGGUACUAUUUGAGUGUACUCCCUUUUUCUUCCUUGUGUAUUAAAAAUGAUUAUGACA